AUGUCCGCCGUGGCAGUCAGCCAUCCUCAGAACACCAUGGCCAGCAGCGCAGGGCAGAAAUUGUUGACGGAUCUGCCUGAUACCUCGGUACCAGCGCAAAUAUUUUCACGCCCAAAGGCACCAGUCGAACUCCUCAAUGCACUAGCAAAGAUAGGUGCUCGUCCCUUGGAGGACUAUCUCCGCGAUCUCGAGGUCAAGGCAACAAGGAACCAAGGCGAAAAGGAUGCCCUCAACAGACUCAAGCAGGCAGAGGAGGUAGCUUUGCUCAAGGCUGCUCAGGGCGCGGAGGUCCACGCCAGCAAGACUAGCCACGGCCCGAGCAGUCUAACACCUCCUUCCAUAUCCCCUUCACCCUCACCAUCAUCAUCGCCAUCCCCAACCCCGUCCUCCUCACCAGACGAGCUGAAGCGCUCGCGCUCCCACUCCUCCCUGGAUGGGCUGCCCCUUCUAGCUGUCUCGCCUUCUUCAAGGCUAGGUAAGAAGCUCUGCUUUACAAAAACUGGCCACAUCAGCGAAUUGCUCCAGAUGGAAGCAUCACGCACUGCAGCACUUGCCGCUGCCUCUGUAGGAGGAAGUGGAGGAUCUUCCGCCAUGAGAACUAUCGGAGGGGUGUACACGACGGGACAUCCUGUUAGUCGUCUUACUGAAUUUGCUCAACAGGCUGGGUUGAACCCGCCUGUGUUUACUAGUGUGGCAAGAGCCGGCAUCCACUGCUCACCAGACCACUACGUCACCCUCGUCUUCGAAGGCCACACAUUCGUCGACCACAAGGGAAAGAGGAAUGUCAGAUCUGGAAGGGAGUGUGUUGCUCAACAGGCUCUGGACUUCUUCCUCGGCACUCGUGACGAAGACGACGAUGAUGCUACCAAGAGCAAGACUGAAGAGGAAGAGCGAGCAAGCCCCACGCAGCUGCCCGCCGCAACGGCUGGGCUCAAAUCUCUGUCAAUCGACGAGGCAAAAGCGUCAUCUCCGCCUACAGCUGCUGUUGCCGCUGCCACAAUGCCUCCUCCGCAGCUAGAGUGCCCCAACCCAAUCGGUUUCCUCUACGAGACGGCCUCGCGAUACAAUCACGCACCGCCCGUCUUUACGUACGAGACGAAGAAAGGGCUGCACUGCUCCCCCGACUACUACGUCCAGCUCACCUUCGGCAACCACACCUUUACCGACGAGCAAGGUCAGCGUAGUCUCAAGGCAGGUAAAGAGCUCGUUGCUCUACGUGCAUGGGAAUACCUUUGCGAAGCUCGGAAGUUGCGAAAGAGCGGGGUUAAACCCAGCCUCGCUGCGGUUGGGGUGAUGGGGGUUGGACGAACGGCGCAUGUUCGGAUGCGAGCACGACCGGUGGACGACUGA